GUUUGCUGUAAUUUGUAAAUUUGAUACUAGCUAUACACGAUUUUAUACGCACGAGGUGAACAAAUUGAAGCGUUCAAAAUUGCACAUUUAACAGGAACAGUGAGGCUUUCUCAAGUAAAAUGUGUAAAAUAAGGUAUGGUUGUUAUUUUUCUGUAUUAAAAAAGCUUCCCGGAGCUCUAUUAAUGCGCGUUUUAUUGUCCAAAGGUCAUGCCCUCGUGUUAUGCAAAUACAAAUGGCGACACAUGUUUAUAAUAUAACGAAUAAAAUUUCCAUAUUUUAAGUCGAUUUAAAAAGUUUAUAACCAAGCAAUAAGCAAUUAAACAAGUUUAGUUUGCAUAAACAAAUGGAGUAUAACGUAUUUGGUUUCCAAAACCUAUAUUAUUACUAUUCCAGUGAAUAGAGUUGGAAUUUGUUGUUUUACAUAAAUAAAUCUAGGGGGAGGGGGUGCGGGCAACGACAGUUUGGUCAUCAAUGUAAUCCCGGAUGGGGGCAUUUAACUGAAGGUCAUGGUUGUUCCAGAGCUCUUGUUUUUUUCUCAGAUUGUUGGAAGGGUAUAUAUAAACUUAAGGUACAUUUCCACACAAGGAUUAAUCAGGCUAAUAAUUUCAGCUUUAAAUGAUAUUUGAAAAAUACACUGUCAACUGACAACAUUUCAACUGAUAACAUUUGUCGUUGGCAUAAUUCAGAAAAACCUGAAAUCAGCCUGAUUAUUAUUAGUGUGUAAACGUUGCUUUGUAUUGUCCCCAUACAUUUGAUUGAUAUUCAAUCUCCACCCCUUGCCCACAUCCCCUUGGGCGAGGUGGUUCAGGGUAAAAAGCAAAAAGUUAAAACCGUCUGGAAAAAAUGGGAAUUUUUUUCGGUUGAUUCAGUAUUAAAAAAACAGGGGUUUUUUCAGGUAUGGUUAACCACCUCACCCCAUUAGAAAGUGAUCUUGAAACACUGCUUUUUUGUGCAGAUUUUCAUUGCAUAAACAUGUGGAUUUAGAGAUCAUGCCUUGAUGCCUUAAAGGUGCAGUUGCUCUCGUAGAGAGAGCAAGUUUUUUAUAGUUGAUCAGGGUUGUGAUUGAUGUGGAGGAACAGAUACCGGUAUAUACUUUUCUGGAAUUUAUUUCCCAAAGGAGAUGUUUCUUACAUACUCUGACACUAGUUUUCAGGAAUUGGUCUAUCUAUUACUCUCUAUUAUUGCUCUUCUUAGUGGAGCACAGAGGGCAGUUUGCCAUUCUCCUGCUUCGUGCAAAAUUCAAGGUCUGAGAAAUGAUAAUUUCUAACAUGGUUACUUUUCUUCGAGAGAUCAAUGCAAAUGGAAAUCACUGUUUUCUUUUGGUUUCUGCUUCAUGGUUGUUUGAUCUUUAUUCUGGAGAUUAGUCUGAAAACUUAUUUGUUUAGUUCAUACUCUAUAUUUAAUUUCUAGUUGUGUUAUUUCUUGGAAAUCCAUUUCUUUCUUUACUUUGCUCCCGGUGUUCCGGAAUUUAUAGAUCUGACUGAUGUUGAGCAAUUAUUUCAACAUCUUUGGAGAGUUUACAGCCAUGGCUCAUGUCUCCAUGCCUUUAAUCUCUCACUCUUCAUAGGGCUAUGGAUUACUGUAAUUAUCAGUUUUGCUAUUUUGCAGACCCUAAGAUCUGAAACUUGUAUUAAAGUGUUAUCUGUUUUGGCAAGAUGUGACCUUUACCAUUUGAGGAACAGAGGGAGUUUAGUGUAAACAAGAGUUUACUGAAAUUGCUAUGUGCGUAGAGCUUUAGUGUAUCAGAAAGCUACAGAUUGAUAGGGGUACAACUACCUGAAAAAUGGCGAACUUCAACGUUUUGAGCGAAGGCCCUUCUUCGGGAAGUUAGUAUGGUAGCUCACUACCGUUCUAAUCACUAUCCCUUCGCUUAUAUGAAUGUUAAUGUAUCUCGUUCAUCUUCCCAUAUAGAUUCACAAAUAUUCUUUUAACUGAUCCUUCUGUGUGUAAGGCAUGAUCAGUUUUGACAAGGUGCAGUGAACUUUGAGAUACUCGUCAAGAAAAUUUGCUGCCAUGGAACAUAUCCACAAUGCUUCACUAUCCCUUCGCUUAUGAAUACCAAUGCCUCUCAACUCAUUUACCUAUAUAGAUUCUCAAAAACUAUUUAACUGUUCCUUCUGUGUGUAAGGCGUGCUCAGUUUUGACAGGAUGUGAACUGUAUAAACACUUACGAUGUUAUUGAAGAAAAUUUUCCACCAUGGAACAUAUCCAUAGUGGCUUUUUGGUCUCCACCACUAUAUAUUCCUGAUUAAUAUCAGCGUUUAAUUCCUCUUUUCCUGGAUUGUAACAUGACUCUGACAUUGACUCUGAGUUGUCUAUCCGUAUACAUUUGUGAUAUACGCAGAAACCUGUUUCAAGACAGAAGAUUUGAAUUUUAACAGUUGAGGUGUGUUAGUGAAGAGAAUUUACUGCCAUGGACGGUUCUCUGUCAAUUUACUGUUAUGGACGGUUCUCUGUCAAUUUACUGCUAUGCCUAUGGACGAUUCUCUAUCAAUUUACCGCUAUGGACGAUUCUCUGUCAAUUUACUGCUAUGGACGAUUCUCUGUCAAUUUGCUGCUAUGCCUAUGGACGAUUCUCUAUCAAUUUACCGCUAUGCCUAUGGACGAUUCUCUGACAAUUUGCUGCUAUGGACGGUUCUCUAUCAAUUUACCGCUAUGGACGGUUCUCUAUCAAUUUACUGCUAUAGACGGUUCUCUAUCGCUAUGAGAAAGCUGCUGAGUGAUAGGGAUACAACUACUUGAAAAAUAAGUUCGAUAUUCUUGAUAAGGAAGACGUUGUAUCAUCUUUAGACUUUACGAUCCUCGCGGUCUCAAACCUCGUGAUAUCGGGUCAAUUGAUAAAACCAAGGCGUAGGACCUGAAAACGACUUAGUCUUGCCAUUCUUUCUGCACCAAACGUUCAAAUGAACUUUUCCAUGGUUCAAAAUGUUUAAAAAUUUGGAACGCUUCACGAAUUUGCGUGUCAUCCUUGCGCAGGGGCCAUGCUAAUCUUCUCUGUAUCGUUCCAAUUUUAGUAUAUGUGCUGCCGAAGCAAGCACGUCUAACACUGUAACAGCUUCGCAUUUAACUACCCUACACUCUCGCAACUCCAGACAUGUGGGAUGAAGUUUCUUUAUGCAAAUGAAGAUUGCACAAUGCAUUUAUAUGUAAAAAACUACCGGUACUUGAAACGUAAAGUUCGUGUCUAUAAUCGUAAUAAAUCUCGUCAAUUUAUUUUCAGGACGGUAAUCUUGGUUAAUUUUAGUUCAUUUAAAGUAUUUAAUGAUAUGUUAACCAAGAAAGAAGCUACGAUUUUGAUUUUUCUUUGAUAAGGUUUCUGCGCUUGCCCAGUGUAGAUUUCUGACAAUGUUUCUGAACGUUUCAAAGCUUUUAAUAUAUGCAGCAAGACGCUGACCAUGUGCUCGAUGGCUCAACUGUACGACUCGGCAACGUCGUGAAGCCGUUGGUUGCCGUUGAUCGAAUUUCGGAGUUUUCCUCAGAGGCUCAGAUUACGUUCGUAAAUGAAAGUUCAGGUGUAAGAAUGGUUUUAAGCAGUCGUGAUUUGUGUCACUGAACCAGUGUUCAGCAAAGUACUCAAAAUUUUUACUUAAGUAAAAGUGAAAAGUAACACCUCAAUUUUUACUUAAGUAGAAGUAAAAGUACUGACUGAAAAUUUUACUUAAGUAAAAGUAAAAGUAUUGCCUGAAAAUUUUACUUAAGUAAAAGAAAAGUACUGGAAAAAUAUACUUAAGUAAAAGUACUACUGAAAUAGAAUAUAAAUUCGUGAAAUUUGGGCGGAAGUAAGCCGGAAGUAACAGCCCUGAGCCAAGCACAUUCCCACAAUCCCACCAAGUCCCACCCAAUCCCACCCAAUCCCACCAGUCCGUUUUAAUAAGAAAUACUUUUUUAAAAUUUUUACUUCUCCAAAAUAUAACAAAAGUAACGAAGUAAAAAAGUAAAUAUUUACCAAAAAUCGUACUUCGUUACAAGUAAAAAGUACUUCAUUAAAAAAAUACUUCGUUACAAGUAAAUACUGAUUUUUUUUACUUAAGUAAAGUAACGAAGUAAAUUUACUUCGUUACUGGCUAACACUGCACUGAACUACUGUUUAUUAAAAGGAUUAAUUUCGAUGUUACGAGAAAGCCUUGCAUGAUUCUUACACUACUGCCGAAGUGAACUAUGGGCUAUAGCUUGUAAAAUCCCGCCGCCGCAAAAACCCCGGCGAAGUCAACUGUAAAUAUCUCCCGCUUGACAUCGGCAGUCAAAACUUUUUCAGGUAGUUCAGACUGCCAGACGGCGGCUAAUUGUUGAAUUGUACCCAUAUUGGACCCCUACGUCUGCAUGCGAUGAGACAUUGCGAAUAUUAACUGAGCUGGUUGCCGUACGGAUUAACACUACGUGAAAAAGAUAAACGAAACUCCAGAAUGAACGGCAUAUGUAACUAGUUACCGAUUGACGUGCAAUGGCUUUAUAAGGAACUGUGAGUUCAAUUUGUUCACACAGGAAUUCAUAUGGUCUGAUGCGCUCGAAAUCGUCCGAUUUCAUGUGCCCUGUGUGAACUGCAAAGACCAAAUGGUUUUCGAAUUUCGAGAACGGUCCGAGACGGAUGAUCAGUCUGGACGAACUUGGGCAAAGUUCUUGUCCGAUCAUUUAUUGUCAAAAGCAGCACACAGAUUUAAGACUUUAUUUACAGAGAAAAGCGAGUGAUUGCUUCAAUGCGUUUUGAAUAAAUUAUUUGACGAUAUUUGGUGGCUUCGCAAAGUAAAAAUUGAUAGACUUUAUUAUAUCAAGGUGGAAAGGCUAUACAGAUAGUAAAUUAGUUUCAUGCGGGGGGAGUAAAAUGAUGGAGGGGACGAUAUUGGCUUAGCAGGAAACAUAGGCAGAUAGUUUGAACGUCCUGCCACAUAUAUUAAAGUUCUCCUUGACAUUAAGUCCACUCUUUUCUCUCAAUCUUUUCUGAAUACAUAUAGGGGUCUGGCAAGAAAAUGAUACCGGACAAGAAAUACAAGUGUUCUGGAGACGGUUUACUGCCCUCGUUGGUAACCAAGACACCAAACUCGUGUUACACAGCAGCAUACAGCAAACCAGGCAUAGAAAGCACCCGACUACAACAUGCCAGAUAUCCACAAGAACACACAACGAGAUCCAGCCACGCUCAAAGACAGUAUAACCCCACAAAGUCGAAUAUUUUGACCUCUUUCGGUGUGCCAUACAGAACCCCUUUGCACGUACUUGCUGUAACGCAGGAACCCUUUCUCAGAGCCAAUACAUGGGUCUACUCACACAAACCUAAAGUGUAUAAUAGGUUACUGGGACCGUGAUUUAUUGGGGGAAAACGUUUUGGAAUAAAGUUUUGAAAAAACCGUUUUGCAAAUUCUAACAGUUGAUAUACCAGCUGAUAUGCGCGUUCACCUUGACAACAAGGUUCAAUUCAGGGCGCUUAUUCAAUUAUUGCAAGAUACAGCUCUCUGGUCAAAAUUUCGCCUCAGUUUCAUGUUGAAAAGAGUCAUACCAAACCUUGUGGGUUUUCGCAAGGUACAGUACUCCGAUUUUUGCUCCUGCCACGGCUCGCGCUGGAUCUAAAACUAGAACUGUUUACUGCUCCGAAUUAACCUGAGCCCCGAGGGUUGGUAUCCCGGCCGAACUAAUCUAAGUUGGCAACUAAUCUAAGUGUGACGACGUAAGAGAUGCCACCGUAACAAAGACGACUGCGUCGAAAGAACAAGUGGCAACUCGAGAGUUGCAAUGUGGGGGAACGAAGACGUUGCUUCUACCGCACACUGGUUCAACAUCACGCAGCUUCGAGAGGAUUUUGAAAGAAGCGAGUAUCUGGGCAUCUUAAUCAAUGCUGAAAAAAGAAGACUUGAUGAAGACGGAGAUGCGAAUGUUCAAAUGUGGACCUGAUGUGGAUCCCUGAGGGUUACGCUGUAAGACAAGAUGAGGAACGAUGAUAGGUGUGGGUUGGUAGAUAUUGGAAUGGUACGGACACAUAAUAAGAGAUAAAGGAGAGCCGGUCAUUGGCAUUAUGGAUGAAGAGAUCAGAUGUGGGGCGGUAGAAAUUGCAGAGAAGAGCCGGUCAUAUAUCAAUGAAGUGAUCAGAAGAUGCCAGCCCAGGUGGUAGAUUUUGCCGAAGAGGUGAGGGAAGCAAGACUGGAAUGUUACGGAUACAUAAUAAGAGAUGAAGGAGAACAGGACAGCGGCAUUUUGAAUGAAGAGAUGAGAAGAUGCGGUCCCGGGUGGUAGAUUUUGUCGAAGAGGUAAGGGAAGCAAGCCUGGAUGUUACGGAUACAUAAUAAAAGAUGAAAACAUAUGAGAACAGGACCGAGGCAUUCUGAAUACAUUGAUCAGAAGAUGCCGGCCCGGGUGGUGGAUUUUGCCGAAGAGGUGAGGGAAGCCUGGGAUGUUACGGAUAAAUAAUAAGAGAUGGAGGCAUUCUGAAUGAAGAGAUGAGAAGACGACGUGGGUGGUAGGUUUUGCAGAGAAGGCGAGGGAAGCAAGGCUGAGAUGGUGUGGACACACAAUAAGAAGUAAAAGAACCCAGUCAGAGGAAAUAUGGAAUGAAAAGAUCAGAUGAUGUGGGUUGGAAGAUGAGGGCAGCAAGUGAAGAUGAGGGCAGCAAGAAUGAGAUAUUAUGGACCCAUAUUAAGAAGAGAUAAUACAGACUCAAUCUGCAGAGACAGAAAAUGAUGAGAAAGCAGAUCAGGGUGGGUUGGUAGACAUUGCAGAAAAUGAGACCGAAAUAGUGUAUACACAUAAUAAAAGGGGCGCUGAUCAGUCGAACAAAAAAACAAACUAAUUAAAUGAAAAGAUUGCUUGGAAUUUUAAUAUUAAGCAUACAUUAAAAAUUACUAUACGGUAUAUACAAAAAAUUGAAUUUGAAUGGUAGGAAAACUAAUUAAAAUAUUUAUUUUCUCAAAACUUUAGUGUUAUCAUGCAAACACUCGUAUUAAUUCGAGAAUUUUUUGCUUAUACUUAAAAGCUUGCAAAAGGAAAGUUCCAUGCAUUAAAAUUGUAAGACGUCCACUGCAGUUUUGCAAUAAAAAUUAGCUUCAUAUGUGUAAGCUUAUAUGAAUUAGGUUAUAUUAGUGUUGAUUGUCUUGAAGAAAAGAAUUGGAGGGUAACGUCUUGUAUAUUUUCGUCUACGUGCUUCGAAAAGACGUUAAGAAUUAUAUAAUUCGUUCAAUUAUUUACGGAACACGGCAAUAGUACAUUGCUUUAAUGCCAUAAGAUUGAAACAGUUGAGUGUUUUGAUUUAUGUCUCCAUCUGAAGCCUGGUUCACGCGAGUUAGAUAAGCAUAAGCAGGAAACAAUAGAAACCUCCGACGCUUGCAAAGACAAAGCGUUUCGUUCAGCGUUUCGUUUUGGCGCCGCAUGUUAUACGCAUGCUUCACUUUAUUUGUUUUGCCUUUCGCUUGAUAUGCUUGUGCCUAUAGUCACACAUGUAAACCAGACUAUGUUAUAGUUUCAAUAUCAAAUUAAGUGUAAAAUAAUAUCGGAUAAAGUUUCCUUCACCAGUGAAAACUCGGGUCGUCUUUCCGGCUGCCACUCCCAACAUGCACGUAUGAGGCUGUAGACACUCUCUGGGCAUUGCGCAGGACAUGACAAUCUCUCCUCGCUCUCCAAAUACUGAAUCACUUCUUGACCAUGUAAGCCGUCGUACGGUUUGCCUCCAUAAGUAAGCGCCUCCCAUACGGUGAUCCCGUAUGACCACACAUCGCUUUUUGUCGUGAACUUGUAGUAGUAGAUGCACUCCGGAGCAUACCACUUUAACGGCCACUUUCCUGCGGCCUCUGCACGAUAAUAGUUGUUCCCCACACCCAUCGCACGAGACAUCCCGAAAUCACUGAUCUUGACAAAAUUUACAUCGACGACAAGCACAUUCCGAGCCGCUAGAUCUCGAUGUACGAAAUGCUUGCUAUCAAGGUACUCCAUACCUUCGGAAACUUGCAGCAGCAUGACGAGGAUCUGACGGACCGUUACCUCCUUGUGUUUACGGAGAUACUUAUGGAGCGGACCAUUGAUUGCUAAUUCCAUUACCAACAUCAUGGUUGCUUCAUGGAUCAUACCAAUCAUUCGAACUAUAUACGGAUGAUCCAAUUUUAACAUAAUUCGCGCUUCGUGUUCGAUUUCCGACUUCUGGGCCGCGGCGUCAGUCUUGAGCUGUUUCACAGCGACUUCAAUUUUCUUCCCAUUUGUAAGAGCGUACACUCCUUUCAAGACAGAACCGAAAUUUCCCUGGCCAAGUUUGUUCUGUAAAGACAACCUGCUGAAAUCAAGAGCUUUGAUAUCCUUAAAUGCAUUGAGGUAAACAGGAGACUUUUUUAUGGCAACGGUAUCAUAAAUGGCGUCAGUUCGCGGUGCGCUCGUCCCAGCAACACCUGGAGGUAUAGGCAAGCACCGUUUCUGGGUUAUUUGACAUGGUUUUCCAAGCUUGCAAACGAGGCCGUCGGAUCGAUUGAGAUAAUACUCGACACACUCCAUCAGAUUUAAAAACUUUGGACCAGAUGGAAUCGAGAGUUUUCCUGCGUUGUCGGCAUUGAGAAGAUAAUGGUACACGCUACCAUCGUGACACAGACCAAUUGCAAACGUCCCUUUGGUUUUCUCACGUUCCCGGACCAAAAACUGUCCGUUUUUGCAGCCAGAUUUCCUAAGACGCGAUUCUGCUUCAUCUCGGGAGAUAACGCCGUGAAACCAUGAUUGCUUGGCGUGGAGUAACAUGCCUAACAUUUUCUCAAAAGGCACGUGAUUUUUACCAAGAGAUGUGCGAUCACCGAUACCAAGUUGACUCAUGGCGGCAGUCGUGGCAGCUUCCACCUCGCUGUAGUUAACAUUUGUGUACACCUUGGGUUCAAGUCCGAUCGGGCGGUUACAAGGUUUGGUUAAAGUGGUGAGAAGGCCUCCUUGGUUAGCACGAUGGUAAUCAAUGAGCUCAACAGGGCUCGCAAAACGUGGACCAUCUUCAAUUCCGUAUUUUCCAUCUGGGUGAUGCUGAAUAUGAUAGUGGAUAAAGCCGCGUCUAUGGCACAAGGAAAGGGCAAAGCUCUGUGACUCCGUUGGACGUUUGCGUAACAAGAACUUGCCAUUUUCAACUCCGUUGUCCGUCAAAUGUCUCUCGGCUUCUUCUCGAGAUAUUCUGCCAUAAAAAUAUGUUUGUCGCACUGGGUCAUCCAUUACUGGGGAACGUGCUUCUAUAUAAAGAAAUUUCAUUGUAUGAAUUGAUUUUAGAGAAGGGAAAAUAGCACUUACAGUAAUAUGUGUGAACCAGGAAAAACAGUGAACAUUGUGAUGUAUACCGAAGACACCGAAACAUGGUCAACAUUGCAAUGUAUGUCUACUUGGCCAUGGGAUCAAAAUUAAAAACAUUUUCGCAAGCACUGGAGUAUGUUAAUUAAUGACCAAUAUACGCUUUUUUAAAAUGUUGAAUUAUAGACCCAUAAUUCGUUCAACAUUUGAGAGAAUGCUGUGAGUUGAUUUGCAUCCCAGUUAUGCCAUAUGAUACUAGACCCGGGUAAAACUUUCCCUGCGGCCCCAGUACUAUGUCAUAAUUGUAAAACAGAAGAAACAGUGUUUUACAAUAUAUUGCACUUUAUUGCAUAUUAUCUGGCACUGAUGCAUCUAGGAUUUAUAUUCUCGGUUAAGCACUCUUGUAUUACAGUGAAAUCCAGUGUUCUGUUGCGGGCAAUAUUGUCACACAAUAUUGCAAUAUUGAUCAGCUGACGAGAACAAAUUGCAAUUUUUAUGCAGAGCAACAGUAUUAAACUGUCAACUGCAAAAUUCAAAAGUUCAUAAUAUUAAAUUAUUAAUUAAAUUCAAAAGUUUAAAUUAUUAUAAUAUGAUUCGGAAGCAAUUUGUAAAUAAAGCCUGAUUGGCUAUACCCUGCGAGCAAAGUCCUCUCGUAUUUCUUCUCGGCAUGGCAUGGAGAAGCAAGAGAGACUCUGCAGAACUUGUGUAUGUUCUUUGUGGAGCAGACAAUCCAAAAAUUUGGAUAAUUAUGCAUAAUUUCAGGUUGAUACCGGUUUUAUAACCGGUUUUGAUCCAAACUGGAAACUACUUAUUAAAUCUUCUUCUGGGAAAUAGGCUAAGCAACUGUUGUUGCUAAGUUGCUAAGCAACUGCUUAGCAACCUUAGUGCAUGCUCAAAUUAAUUUAUACACAAGUUCUGCAGAGUCUCUCUCGCUUCUCCGUGCCAUGCCGAGAAGAAAUACGAGAGGACUUUGCACGCAGGGUAGAUUGGCUACUAGUACAAAACAAGCCAAUCAAAUGCUUGGCAUCUGACAUUUGGGUGCAAACCUCUUGACAAAUUGUCAACAUGUAAAAUUUGCAAUUUGUUUGCGUCUGUUGCAAUUUGCUAGAGCAAUCAGCCGAUCAACAUUGCCAUAUUGUGUGACAAUAUUGCAAUGUUGCCGGCAAUGGAACACCAGCAAUGGAACACUGUAAGGGAUUUGUUGCUUUAUGGGCCCCUUUUGAUCUGGGGGCCCGAAGCUAAAUGGCCUCCUCCCCCCCCCCCCCUCUUGGUGGCUCUGAUGUGCUGCACUUGGUUGGCUUGGUUCAUGUGGCAACACUCAUACAAAAGUGGUUUUCCCCAUUGGUUGUUUAGUGCUCAGAAUAAAUAUAAUUGGGAAAUGUGGUUGAGUUUUCUUGCUUGCCAAUGUCUAAAAAUGUAAAAAUGUCUAAAAAGCUGUGACCCAUAUGGACCUCACAUUAAAUAUACAAAAAUUCUAAUAACCCAUUAAGUUGCUUUGCAUCCCACUUUAUUAUUUUACUCUGUCUAAUGCCAGACAAUUUUAUUCGUCAAGGGGAAAAGUGUUGGCCGUGCUCAAUGGUUGAUCAAACUGUCUGUCCAUGUGUUUAGUUAACACAUCAAGUAUUGCAACCUAAUGUACUCUAAUUUAUGAUUUUACUCUGUCUAAUGCCAGACAAUUUUACUCAUCAAGGAAAGAGCGCUGGUGUUCGAUUGCUUAAUUUAUAAUCUCGAAUAAAACUUAAUCAUGAUUACACUAUUCAACAGUCAAAUAUUUUAGAAGGAUAGCACUAUCUGGCAUUGAUACUUGAACAACUGGCCCCAGGAACAGUGUCUAGUUUAGGAAACCACAUCUAAACUUGUGUAAAACUGAUGAACUGUCGUCUUAUAUGUAUCAAAUAAUACGGACCCAACCUAAAUCCAAUAUUUGCUUCCAGCUGCUAAUUGCCAUAACAGCGAGGCAACAAUUUGAACAAAUUAUUUAGUAAGAAAAUAAAAUAUGUAUUAAAUUAAUUUUGUAUGUCAUAUUUCUUACUAUUAAAUACUUUAUAAUUUAGCCAUAUUUAUCGAUAACAUCUUCGUACUUUCACUUCAGAAUCAUUCUCAAUUUGUUGUUGGCAAAACAACACAAAACACAAAGUAACUAAAUACAAAAUAUGCACAAUUGAUUUAAAAACCUAAAUGGAAUAAUUUUCGGUAAUAAUUGCGACAUUCAUAUAAAGUUUGAUACUAUGUUAAUACUUAAUUUCGUCCAUUUCAUUUUCAUACUAUUUUUCAUUCGUUUAAAAUGGUUUAUAAAACAUACUCUUGUACCAAUAUAAAUAUCAAUAUGCGGUAUGUCGGUACUGAAAUCGGUAUUAAUAAAACAGCAAAGCGUAUUCACAAAAACCUACCUUUGGAAUUUAAAACAUUGCCCAGAACAAGCAACAGUAAGAACGGCAAUUAAACGACUACUUUCUCUCUGUUAUUAAUUUCCGAUCGUCAUUAUUAUAUGUUUCGGGUAAACUCAAUAUUUUUGUAAACAGACAAAAGAUAUCAUUUGCUCACUUCCUUGUCCAAACCAAAUUGAUUUUUUCUCGCCGCGCGAGAUGGAGGACUGCGUCGAGUUUGGUGAGUGAGCAAAAUUAAUAUUUUUUUCUGCGCAGUGGCGGAAAUUCACUUUCCGGUGGGGGGGGGGGCAAAGCCUCCUAAAUUUCCGACAAAACUUUCAAAUUUCCGACAUACCCCUCCCCCCAUUUGCACUCGAAAAGACUGUUUUUAGCCCUCUUUUAGAUCAAAAUUUCCGAAAAUUCGUCAAUUUUCCGGAAGAUUUCCGCCACUAUUUCUGCGUACGAGUAAUGGCGUGUCUGAAAUUAUGUCUAAUGGCCAAAAUUAUUGCGAGAAAGUUGCGUAAACGUUGGUAGAAGUAGGAGCUUUUUUUGAAUCUAAGUUGUCCACAAGAAUACAAAAAGUUUGUAAUAAAAAUCAUAAUUAUACCGUACUUAAUAAAUAUGAUAGAGUGAGCUCACUAUUAUGUGGAAGUUUAUAAAAGAGUAUUGAGUAGAGUAUUGUCAUUAAAAAAAUAAAUAAAAUAAAAUAAGAUUCAUCUCAAUAAUUCUAUCCACUUGUAUUAUAAAGAUCAGUGGUACUAUGACGUCAUAGCCGUAGCUUGACGGGGAAUGGGCACGAGAAAAAAUAAAAUAAAUUGAAUAAAAAGAGACGACAUGGUGUUAGAAUCUACUGUAAUUUGGUGAGUUUUAAACUAUUUCUUUUAGAAAUUAACCAUUUUAUGUACUUCCCCAGUAUUUCAAUUAUUUCACAAUCAAUUUUCCAGCGUGGACAACAGCGAAUACAUGAGAAAUGGCGAUUUUUUGCCGACGCGAAUUCAAGCACAACAAGAUGCUGUGAACUUAGUUUGUCACUCAAAAGCCCGACAAAAUCCUGAGAAUAGUGUAGGAUUGAUGACUCUUGCCAGGUAAAUAUGAAAGUAAGAAGGGCACACUGUCUUUAGAGUUCAGAUAUUACAUUAUUUUUUUACUAAUAAUAUAUGAAUAUUUGUAUAUUAAAUAAUGUAUAUUUGAAUAUCUCCCCCCUGACUGGAAAGCUUGGAAAUUUGCGCGGCUGAGGUUUCGAAAAUUUAAUAGUAAAUAUAUAGAAAGCAUCAAAAUUGCACGCCCAAUAUCUCAGGCGCGCAGUACAAACUUUCCACACUGGUCCUCCCCCUGCGGCCCUGCCAAGUAUGACUUAUUGGUAUGAAAUGGGCUAUUUAUCAUUUGUAGACCCCCACCCCCCUGUCAAGGACCUUGAUUUCCAAGGGAACUAAUUGGUCAAUUUUUCCAUAUGGUAAUGGAGAAAAAUGCUGUUUCCAGAAAGUUUAAAGCUUGAAAAUGCAAUUCCAAAGGGAGUUGAAGACCUUUCUAUAGGGGUCAGUUGCAAGAUAAUCCUAUCCAAUUAUCUUACAAGAGGCAUUAUAAACACCCCUGUAAGCACACUGGCUAAGAACCCCCUGAGAUUCUGAGUGAUGAUUCCUAGCGUUUGAAGGGGCAAUUUUUACCAAGUCUGAAAGUUAUAAUGUUGUUUUAUAUUGUAGCACUAUUUAGUUUGUGCCCCUCUGUACUAACAUUGCAAGCCUCAGGUCUUGGUCAAUUGACCAGAUAUUUUCAUUUGUUUUGUUAGCCUUGAAGUGUUGGUGACAUUGACAACAGAUGUUGGCAAAGUUUUAACUAAAAUAAACAGUGUUAUACCAAAGGGUGCUAUGAAUAUUGUCACAGGCAUUAGAAUUGCCCAUGUAAGUGAUAUAGUCUUGAAGUAGUUGAUUUUCUGUGUAUAGCUGAGUGGUAGUACGCAGCAGUUUGGCCUGCCAUUUGAAAGGCUUGAAAUAAUAUGAUAUUUGAUAACUGCAAUGUUCAGGGGCAUAACUCCUGGAAGCUGCAAUACCCCCAAUGUUGUAAUAUUGCAGUUUUGUCAGCAAUCAUAGCAAUUUUAACGACACGCUCGUUGGGCAAAAAAUUACUGAAAAUUAUGAAAAUAUUAUGGUACUGAAAAAUUGUACAAAUUUCGAUUAAGUUAGUAAAAAAUAGUAUGUCCGAAAAUUGUUUUCUCUCUUGUCCCCCCCCCCCUGCUUGGGCAGAACAAGGUCACACAUCACCAGCUGUAAUACCCAAUUUAUCAGCCCUGGCAAUGUUUCAUAUUGUAAUAAGAUCCUUGGCAGAACCCUGGACUACACAACAUCAAGUGUUUUUCAAAGAAAAAGCAAUUAACAUAGCAAUUAGCUUUUGGUUAUCCCCAUAUAUUUUUUCAUUCUUUAUUCAUACAGCAACAUUUUCUCACAUUUUUAGCUUGCCCUGAAGCAUAGGCAGAGCAAGAAUCACAGAAUGAGAAUUGUAGCAUUUGUUGGAAGUCCUUUGGAAAAUGAUGAGAAAGAGGUGCAGUAGAAAUUUAUGAAAAAAUGAACUAUUCAUUAAGUUAUUUUACUGUAUUUGUAAAUGCAUGUGAUUUAUGUCUAUUAUUGGAAUAUCAUUUGCAGCUUGUUAAAUUAGCUAAAAGAUUGAAAAAAGAAAAGGUGAAUGUUGAUAUAAUCAACUUUGGAGAAGAGGUAUAAAAUUUAGAAUUGUCUGUGCCAGUGUAGGUAGGGCCAAUAAUAUAAUACAGUAACUCCAGACGAAGAGCCUUCCCUCAAAACAUUGAAAUUCUCCUUAUAUUUUGCAGGUAGUCGCAUCCCUACCAACGAAAGCUUGUUAUAAAAUUUAGAGCAAUUUAUGAUUUCCCUAGCUUUCUCUGCAGCGGACUCUUACAGUCCAGGGUUAGGGUGAUAUCCUCACCUCUCUCAGAUUCCCUAGAGGCAGUACUUUGGGCUCUAUAGAGCCAUCUACUUGUUUGAAAAAGCCUCCAACUGGAAACCCUGAUGUCCAGAGGUAUACAGUAUAUAGUAAAUACUUUAUCAUUCUUACUUGCAGGAAACAAACACAGCAAGUUUAACAACUUUCAUCAACACAGUGAAUGGUAAAGAUGGUACUUCCAGUCAUCUGGUGACAGUACCACGUGGUCCUAUUCUGGCUGAUGCUCUCAUAUCAUCUGCCAUCAUUGCUGGCGAGGAAGGAGGUGCACCCGCCUCAAGUGACGGACUCUUUGAUCCUUCAAAUGAUCCAGAAUUAGCACUGGUAAGAAUUCAAAUGAGGUUGAAAACAUUUUGAUUUUAAACAAUACUUGAUUUUUUAAAACUUUCUGCUGAUUAACAAAACAAGGAUAAAUGCAUUUCAGUUGAUUUUUAAAACUUUAGACAACUUUCUGUUGCUUGAGGAGAAAUAAUUGAAAAUGAAUGUAUUAAGCCAAUCACGGUACUGGUGACUAACAACAGGACAAUAAUCAGAAGAUGUUCAUCUCUGCUGUAAUCACUCUAAACUGAUUCUAGAGAUGUACUGAAGCUCUAUAACUUUGAUCUGGUCACAGAAUGGAAACGAGGCUUUAUUGUAUGAAAUACAUUUUUAGGCAAUCCGAGUGUCUCUGGAAGAACAACGUCAACGUCAAGAGGAAGAAAACAAGAACACGGAUCCACAAGGCACAGUUCCAUCGGAAGAAAUACCUGACAGUGAAGAAGCUUUAUUACAACAAGCUUUAAGAAUGUCUGGAGCUGUUUCUGAGACGUCUGUUGGUUCAACACCAUUUCCUGAUGAUGUCAGGUAAAUUUACACCAACAACUUUAGGAAAUGCACAAUAAAAUAUACUCUAGUAGCCAUCUUACCAAAGCUAUGACCAAUUGAGACAUAAAAUAUAUAAUACUGUAUGUAUACACCCAGCCCUCGUAAUUUGCCUAUUUUUGCCUUGGAAAUUGGGGAUUUUAUUGCCAAGGCAGGUAAGAACAUUCUGAAUAGUAUUUGCUUCAGUAAUGCACCCUUUCGAUAAUUACGUUAUUUCGAUUGGGAGCCUCGCUCUCAUGAAUUGUGAGCCAAUCACCUUGCGUAAUUUACUAAUGAGAGCGAGGCUCCAAGACCAAAAAGUGUGUGUGACGUAAUUAUUGGAAGGGUAGGUAGGUAGGUAAACUUUGUUUAAAACAACACGCUAGCCUCGUCAACUUUCGCUGAUUUCCACGAGGGGCGUGUUCAUUACAUCAAUAUAAAAAUAUUUACAAAAAUCAACCUAUUCAAAAAUCAACAUCAUUGCCAAGUGCCAAGUAAAAAUCAACAUAUUGCCAAGCGCCAAGGCAUACUAUGCUCAUUGCUUUGUAUACCCAUUGCUUUCCACAUGAAUUUCGUAUUUGCAACCACAUUCCUUUUGUACUUUUCCACGUAAUUUUACCACGUAAACUAAAUAACAUUCUCUACUACCUCUAUUUUCUAGCAUGAUGUCCGAAGCAGACCAGAUUGCGUACGCAAUUAAAAUGUCUCUUCAAGGAGACGAUACAGCGAGUGAAGCUGAAACACCAAACCCUGACUCCUCAAGAGAAACCACACCCAUGGAUACCGACAUGACACGUGCAAGCAUGGUGAGUUCUCAUUCUUUCAUUUUGUUAAUUGGUUGUCAACCAUUCCUAUGAAAACUUACACUUUAACUGAAUAUUUAAUAUUCUAAUCUUAUUGUCAAACAUUCUUUUGAAAUGUUAUUUUUUCCUGCUUUAUACGGUGGAUUGAGUUAACCGAGUAUCUAAAUGUUCCACAUGUCUUAAAAAAAAAUUGCUCUUUUAAAUUUCCUCCUAGGAAGCAGAUAUUCCGGAUUUCAGUGAAGAAAUGGCGGACCCCGACUUUCUACAUUCCGUGUUAAGUACACUACCGAAUGUUGACCCGGAUAGCGAGGCUGUGAAAGCUGCUAUUGGACAGGCGACGCAACAAAACUCUAGCAAAUCGGGUAACGGUUUUAUAUUUUACACCUAUAAUAAAACUUAGGUGAAUUUCUGCUUUUUCUGGGUUUGUUAUUUUCCUGAUCUUAUUAAGUCCUUAUGCAUGCAGACUUAAAUUCUUUGUGUGAUAUUUUAUCUCUAAACACCAGUAGUACAAUAUGCCAUAUGUUGGUUAGAUUUUUUGUGUGUUUCUCUUUUUCUCAGAUUCCAAGAAGGAUGAACAAAUGGAUGAAGAUUCCGAAAAGAAGUAAAACAAAAAUGGUCUAAAACAAUUAUAGUUUAUUUAAAAUGUUUUUGUUUUUUCAUAUUUGCAUUAAAUAUGUAGACGUGCAUCUUUAUUUUGGCACAAGAUGAAAAUGGAGAGCUAUAUAUAGAACAAUAUAUACUGCGAUUCAGUGCUAGCAAUAUCAAAAUUUAAUCAAUUUUUUAUGAACAUCUGGGACAUGAAAAAAAACACUUGUUAAUUUUGAGAUAUGUAAAUUCGAGCUGCAGCAGGUUUCAUGUCCUUUCAGUUGUUUUGAAAACUGCGCGUUUUAGGGUUUAAUAUGUAGUGAUUUAAGAAUUUCGUAAUGUUUGUGUUGUCGAUAGGGGCAUUUGUAUCCUAGCCACAACGUAUAUAAUUAACAGUCAUACACAAUAUAACGAAAACAAUUUUCAAUCACUCCCUUCCGUAUAAUCUUGAGAUUCAAGUGAAAACACUUGCAAGGAUAGGGAAGACUUUCAACACGUAUAAAAAGUAUUCUAGUCACUUGAUCAUCGAAAUAGAUGUUUCUCCAAUGCCCGCCCGACUCUUGUGCAGUUCCUCAAAUUUGCUUCGCAAAAAAUAAGAACAUGACAUGCAUUGCGGGUUGGAAAGCCUGUAAGGCAGGCGCUUGCAGGUUGGAACAAUAGACCCAUUGCACUGACGUCACAAAUCCUUAGAGUGUCCUCCAGAUGCUCCCUAACAAUAUCUGUUUGGGUACAACAACCACAUACAGCGCAAAAAUUAACCAUUUUAAUACAAAAUUAUUAUAAAGUUUUGCAAAAUUUGCUUUGUUUACAAAAGUUAUAUUAUGCAUAGUUUGCUAAUUUGUCCUCCAGAUGCAUCGUCAGUGGCGCUGUGAAGUCAUGUGCAAUGGGUCUACAAGACGCCAAUGCCAUGGGAAAGCUCUGAACAAAAUAUUGAGAAUGCAUUCACAAGUCAGUUAUCAAUGCAAGAUUAAAACCAAAUUCUGUUUUAUGCAUUCAAUUUUGAAGAAAGUGGACUUUCAUGCAAAUGUCUCCAAUGGCGGAAAUUCACUUUUUCCGAUGUCGGGUAGCCUGCUCGCUAGAUGUCGGGCAACUGGAUUUCCGACAAGCUCCCACAUUUCCGACAAAUCGUCUAUUUUCCGUAAAGGUGGUCGUCAUAUAAAGAACUGGGCAUAAUGACAAAGGACGCGUAUGUUUUUACACACAACUUGCACAAAUGUGAAAACCGCAAAAGACUGGUGUGUGGAAUUGCAACCACCAGCCCUGAAGGCAAUUAAGCACCCAAAGUACAAGAACAACUUCAGUAGGCUGACAAAUGAGACUGGCUCUUAAAAACCCAAUAAUGCAUGAUGUUGUCUCUUGAGUGUAUCGAAGCUGAAAACCGUAGCAAACCAAAGCUUUGUUGCGGGUUCGAUUCCCACCGCGGUGAAGCAAACUUCAGCUUGCUCGGUGUGUAGCACACCAUAUACAAAAAAUAAUAAUGCAUGUUUUAUUGGGAG